CUUUCAGAACCCGGUCGAGGACCGAGCGUCCCCGGCUUGUCGCUCCGCAGCGCGCGCGGCUUCCGCCGCAGCUAGCGGCUUCCUCCUGGCGCGGCCGGGGCGUAGGGCUUUCUAGGCCGGCGCGUCUCUAUGGCUGCAGGGGCGUUCGUGCCGCAGGCUGUCGCGGCACCAUGGCUCAGGCGAGAGAAAAUGUCAGUUUGUUCUUCAAGCUGUUCUGCUUGGCAGUGAUGACUCUGGUGGCUGCAGCUUACACCGUAGCUUUAAGAUACACAAGGACAACAAGUAAAGAGCUCUACUUUUCAACCACAGCCGUGUGUGUCACAGAAGUUAUAAAGUUACUGAUAAGUGUUGGACUUUUAGCUAAAGAAACUGGAAGCUUGGGUAGAUUUAAGACAUCUUUAAGUGAAAACAUCUUGGGGAGCCCCAUGGAACUGGUGAAGUUAAGUGUGCCAUCAUUGGUGUAUGCUGUCCAGAACAACAUGGCUUUCCUAGCUCUUAGUCAUCUGGAUGCAGCAGUAUACCAGGUGACCUAUCAACUGAAGAUUCCCUGUACCGCUUUCUGUACCGUUUUCAUGUUAAAUCGAAAACUCAGCAGACUGCAGUGGAUUUCAGUUUUUAUGCUAUGUGUUGGGGUCACACUUGUACAGUGGAAACCAGCCCAAGCUACAAAAGUCGUGGUAGAGCAGAAUCCAUUUUUAGGCUUUGGUGCGAUAGCUAUUGCUGUAUUGUGCUCUGGAUUUGCAGGAGUUUAUUUUGAAAAAGUUUUGAAGAGUUCAGACACUUCCCUUUGGGUGAGAAACAUUCAAAUGUAUCUGUCAGGGAUCGUUGUGACGUUAGUUGGUACCUACUUGUCGGACGGAGCUGAAAUUCAACAAAAAGGAUUUUUCUAUGGUUACACGUAUUAUGUCUGGUUUGUCAUCUUCCUUGCUAGUGUUGGAGGACUCUACACCUCUGUUGUGGUCAAGUACACAGACAACAUCAUGAAAGGCUUCGCAGCAGCAGCCAUUGUUCUCUCUACUAUUGCUUCAGUGAUACUGUUUGGAUUACAGAUAACACUUAACUUUGCAGUAGGAGCUCUUCUUGUAUGUGUUUCCAUAUAUCUCUAUGGGUUACCCAGACAAGACACUACAUCCAUUCAACAAGAAGCAACUUCAAAAGAAAGAAUCAUUGGUGUGUGAUUUGCGUCUUAAGAUAUUCCUUUAAUGACUAAACUGUGGAUAAUAAAUUAGAGCCUUAAGUCAACCCCAGAUGGUAGCUUAAACAAUAUCAACAAAUCAACUGUGUGACAUAGGAAUCAAGAAGAAAACUGAAUGAGUGAAAUGCUAAACAGAUUUGAGUGCAUUUGGUGUCAAGCUGUAUUAUUUCAGAAUGAAGGACUUACCAGAGAGUGUGUUUGCGUGUGUGUGUGUGUGUGUGUGUGUGUGUGUGUGUGUGUGUACGUACGUACGUAUAUCGUGUACACAGAGCAUGGAGUUGACAUGGUAUCAGAACGUACAUACGUGUGCGUGCGUGCAUAUGUCUCACGUACAGAGCACAGAGGUGACAAUACAGGGUCAGGAUGUCAGGUGAAACUACAACAUUCAGUCAACAAGGUUUAAGACAGUAUCUGAAGGUUAAAGUGCCAAAGCCAUUUCUGUACACGCUGUUCUCUUGUUCAGGUACCAGGAGAGGAGGGUAAGCCUUCCUUGUCCAGUUCAUAGAUAGUACUUUGUCCCUGGAGCAGUGAAACUCUAGCUUCUCUUAUCAGAGUGAAGAAUGACUAAGAUAGGACAGUUGGGAACGAAACUCAGUGUGUAACUCAAACACAGAGUCUGUUUCCUAGCUCGGACGCUGACUGCUGUCUGGGUGAUGACUGAGAAUUUCAGUGCUGUAUCUGUGCCAUUCACUGUCUGGUUCAUAUUUCUUUGCUGUUGUUAGCUGAUACACUUUUCUGAAAAUUUUCUAAGUCACUUUUAUACUUUCUUUUUUAUAAAGUAUGGUUACCUGUUGGGCUCUCAAUUUGUGAACUUUCAGUGAUUUAAAACUAUUUCUAUAAUGUUAAUGGGGAAAUCCAGCAAUAAAUUUAUUUAUAUCA